GCUAUCGCUGUAUGUGGACUGAAUGUUGCACCAAUACAGCUAUAAUGACCGGGCGUUGUAUUAGAGCGAAGAUGGUAGCUAUCUUUCGUGUUCGGUACACAGUCGAGUCAGAGAAGUUUCAAGAGUCGGCUGGAUCGUUAGCGGACGAGACUAAAACAAAAGCAGCACCGUCGUCGGACGCACAAGUGCUGGUGGCUGCAGACAGUAAACUACUAUCGGACGGGCAGGCUACACCAUUGUCCGUGGGAACAGAUCCAUAUGUUCAAGACCUCCAUGCUGCAGGGCUUAAUGCGGUGGAGUCUGAAGCAUUGCAAGUGCAAGGUAUUGCGGUACGUCAGGAGGUUGACAGGCAUGGCAGUGCAGUCUCAUCAACGAGUGGGGAGGUGGAUGUGGCGGAGCCUGAGCUGGAUUUAGAGCAGGAGAACAAUGAGCUCCAGAAGGCAGCAGAUGUGGAGGAAGUUGUUGACUACGAAGAGAUUAUCAAUGAGGAAGAGGCCAGAGUGGAAGAACCGCAAACUGCAGAUCUUGAGGAGCAAGUGGAUGUGGGAGGGGCAGAUGACCUGGAGAUCGCUUCAGCUGCCAGCUGCAGUGAAGACACAAGAUAUUUUGAAGCUUCAGAGGGAAGUGUUUCCUCUGUUGUGCAUGUGCAGGGAAGUGUUGUGACGACGUCAGCAGAGCCUGGGAGAGCUGGAGAAGUGGGCGUAUUGGCUGAAACAUGUGCCACGGAGGAGGGAGAGGGAGAACAGCACAGGUCCAAAGCUGCACUGGUUGCAGCUUCGAAAGCGAAGAAGGCUGCACGCUGGUCGAUCUUCAGAUCAGUCCUCCGUGGACUGAAGAGUCCAAAAGCAAUGCCGCCAACAAACCCUAGCAGCGAGCCAACAGAAGCAAGAGGUGGUGCAUCCUUGUUGGAGCAGGAGGAGGAAAAGAGAGUAAUACUCGAGCAGGACCAAAUUCUGCAGAGGGAGGAGGACGAACAUAGACAAAGCAGGGAGGAAGAUGGCGCUGCCGUCCCAGACGAAUCUAAUCCGGAGCGGCAGGAAGGUGUCAAUGUAGAGCGCGUCAUCGAGUCCUGUCCGGAGGAGGAGCCUUCAAGCGGGCAGGGGGAGGACGAGAUUGAAGAGGAGGAUGAGCAUGCAGUUAAUCCCCCUUUGACAGAGGGCUUGCAGGUUUCCGAAGAUUUCCUUGAUCCUGUUGUUGCAGUAAACUGGGGUGUUCCAUCGAGAGUCCGAAAAUGCAUCUUAGAAGACGUGGAGGAGAUGGAGCGGAGGCACAUGACAGCGGAACUGUUCUUUGAAGAUUGUGCGUGGAGCCAGUCAAGCCGUGUUGCUGCCUACUGUGAUGAUGUGGAUUAUCAGCUCACUGAGGAUGACGACAGCGAUACUGAACUGCUGUUUCUGGAUCCUGCAAUUGGUGUGGACUGGAGCUUGCCAGCUUUGCUGAGGGAAGAGAUUCUUGAGAAUGCCGAUCCGUUGCAGUUUGAGAGAAAUGGGUAUUCUGAUCUGAUGACAUUGAUGGUGACCUGCUGCUCCGGACAAGAACAGAAAGGGUUCAUGGGUUCGCUUCUGCGGUCCGAUCUCCGCGGCUCUAAUCAAUGGCAUGAGGCUCAGCAGCAGCAACAGUGGUUGCUAAGCAGGGGCGUUCCUGUAUCGCUGAAGUACGAGAACGAGCCGGGAGGACCUGUCGACUUGGCUUCGCCUUCGGAAAGCCUUACUCGUAGUGAGGAGAAGCAAGUUAUCUUGCAUCAUCGUGGCGCAGGUUCAAUGGUUCUCCCUCUCGAUAUGCCAUUGCCUGAAAGACCCGAAGAUUCAAGUGAGAAUGAAGUGGAAAGCCCUCAGAGCCUUGUUCAGGUGCAAGCUAGUGAUGAUUCAGUGAAUGCUGGUGGCACAGUUGGUGACGAUCAUCCUACAGCCAACUGGGUAUCAGCUGAAAGCUCCCCAUUGUCGCACAGUGACAGUUUGGUUCACAGAACGGAACUGGGAGACACUCGAGCGGCAGAGGAGAGCAAGAGCCCUGAACCAGAAACGGCCUCUUCCGAACUGCCAAGCGUGAGUGGCGGUGACAAAGCCAGUGGCCUUGGAGCACAGGAGAUGGGCGGAAGUCUCCUGAAAGCCCCGAUGAGCCAGGAUGGUGCACUCUCGUGGAAAGAAAAGAAGAUAAUGGGAAUGAACCCCGACGAGGAUGAUAACCAUGACAACCAGCGCCAUCAUGACCGGCCGAUCCAGGUUUGCGAGGACUUGAAGGAGGACCUGGAGAGGGGCAAGGUAAACUCUGUGAAGUUGUUGCAUGAGAACAAGGAUGUCAGGAGUUUGCUGGAGGAGAGAGAACGAUCGCUGAGGCGGGAACUGGUGAAGGCUGCGAGAGAGAGGGAAGGGUUUGACAGCCAACUGAGGGGGAAAGAUGCAGAGCUGGUGAGGGUGAGGGAGCAAAUGGAAAGGAGGGAGAAGGAGGUGGAAGCAAUGGAGACAACAAAGAUAAGAGCACUUAUGAGGAGGCUGAAUCAGAUGGAGGCGCACCUUAAUGAGGAGGAGGAUAAGAGGCUGGAGGCUGAGAGGAGGGAGGCGGCGCUUGCACGAGAACUUGCAGAGCUUAAGGAUGUUGGGGAAAGAGAGAGUCAAGUUCUGGAGAAGCUCCGGGCUGCUGAGGGGCGAGUCAUUCAGUUGGAAGCGAUCGUGAAUGCCCGAGGGUCGACUUCAGGCGGGCGACGCGUUCGGACUGUGACAAGGAGGAGGAUCAUGCGCGGUGGCAAGUUGGUGAGGGAAGAGCUUAUCAGUGAGCCAGAAAGGGUUGUGCCACUGGAAGAAGGAAGUGGCGAUUCACUGGAGGAGAGCGUAGGAGAGUUGUCACCAAGCAAUACCCAAGAUUCAGAGGUAAAGCCACAGGAAGCUGAACUUGCGCUCAAGGCUUUGUCGCUGGCACUGGCCGAGGCAAAGAAAGAUUUGGAUGGUGCUGAACGAAGAGCAAAGACGGCUUCAAGAGCCGCUGCAGAUGCCGAAGCACGCGCAGAGGCUUUAGAAGGAACCCUUACCAAUGUUCAACGGAAGCUUAGAUCUUGGCACCGGAUUGAUCUUAUUGAUGACAGUGACCUCUUGCAUAAGCAGGAGUUCGGCGGCGAGGGGGAAGACGUGGAGGUUCCGGAAGGCGCAGAGACGCUUGAGGGAAAGCUGCAGCAAACGAGAAUGGAAGUGACAAAACUCCGCAAGGUAAAUGCAGAGGCGCAAUCCAUCGCGGAGAGCAGGGGGUUGGCUUUCUUUUGUCUUGAGCAGAAGGUUGAGGAAUCUAAUCAGCGUGUCGAGGAGCUUGAAGAAACAUUAAGAAGCUUGAAGCAGGAUCUCAAUGCGGUUGUGGAGGCGAAGCUUCGUGCUGAAGUCGAGGCAGAUCAGCGUCGGGAGGAGUGGGAGGCUGCGGUCAGAGAUGUGGAAGCCCAAGCACUUGCUUUGCGGGAAAUGCAGGAGCAAAUGAGAGAGGGGGAGGGUAGAGUGAAGGAUCUCGAGAGGAUCCUCGAGGAGAGGGCACCUCCUGGUAGUAGGGACGAGAUGCUAGUGGACCUGAAGCGCAGACUUAUGGAGACAGAGAGAAGGGCUGAAACCCUCUUUGUGCAGCUGCAGGACAGUGGCAAUGCACUGGCAAAAGCUGAGAGGUCAGCCGAUGCGGCAAACAAGGAAGCCGAACGGUCGAGGGAAGAGCUAAAAUUGGUGGAGGAGAAGGCAAAUGCCCUUGUGCUUGGGGCGGAGAGACAAGCCGAACAGGCAAGAAAGAGGAUGGCGGAUGCCUUCGACCUCAUGAUGGUGGAGCAGCAGAAGAGAACACAGGUUCAGGAAGAGGAGCUUGCUGUUAUGCGUGAGGAGCUGAAUCAAAAAAGACUGAGGGUGGAAGAGCUAGAAGAAGAGAAGCAGCAACUUAAAAACAGGAUAGAAGAGCUGGCAGAGGCAUUGGAAGAGGCAAAGGUACAGAGUGGAGUCAUGGAGGAGAUGGAAGCGCGGAUAGGGGAGGCAGAAAAAAGAGCCAAGGAUGCCGAGCUCCGUUUCAAAGCCUUGCAGGCGACAGUCAGGGUCGCAGAGGCAGAAGGCGCAGUGGUCCGGGAGGCCUUGGAGCGAGCUGAGCAGGAGGCGGAAAUGCGGCGGCAGGAUCUUGAGAUGGCAAUGAAGGAGGUUCAAGCGGCAGAAGAAAGAAUACGGGAAGUGGAAGAGGUGAGAGAGGAGGCGGAACGGUGUGCAGAGGAGCUGGUGGAAGAUGUCGAAGCCAGAGCCCAGGCACUUCAGACCAUGGAAGAGAGAGCAGAGAGGGCCGAACGGAAAGGGGUCAUUCUUGCAAUGGCUCUGAGCGCCGUGGAGUGGAAGGUUCAAGAAGUGGAGAAGAAGGCAUCCGCAGACGUGGCAUCGCUAAGGGAGCUCCGAGCGGGGCUUGAGAUCAAGGUGGUCGCUCUCGAAGGGGCCUUGCGAGAGGUCGAGGAUGCACUCCGAGCGUCCUUGGAAGAGUCUGCGGAAGUGAAAAACCAUGCCGCAUUAUUGGGAAUGGCUCUGAUGGAGGCUGAUGAGCAAGCGCAGGAAGCGAAGGAGCGGUCGCUUCUCAUUCAGAAGGCUCUGGAUACGGCGUGUGCGAAAUUGGUGGAAGCAAACAAGAAGAGCGAGGCUAUUGUCGACCAGCUCGAGAAGGUUCAGAAGAGCGCAAUUGCAGUUGGCGAUGCUACUUCUGUGGAAGGAGUUGAGGAGCACAGGCAGGAGGAGAUUCUGCAUGAGAAAGUGGACGCACUGCAGAGAACACUCCGGGACACGGAGAUUCUUGCCACCGAGCUGUGGCGGACCUGCAAAGUCGCAGAGGAUGACUUGGAGCAGUGGAUGAUUAUGCUGGAGGACGUCGUUCGUGCAUCCGAAGCCCGAGCCGAGGAAAGGGAAGGGAGGGCUCAAAGCGAUCUUGCGGCCAUGGCUGAGCGUAAGGCUGGGUUCGAGAAGAGGGCUGAGGUUCUGGAGGCAGCUCUCGUUGAGGUGGAGAGUGCGCUGAAGGACUCCAAGGCUAAAGCGAACGAGGCAAUGGGGAAGGUGGAGUCUCUGGAGCAUGCAUUGGCAGCCGCUGACGAGAGGGCCCGAGCAGCAGAGAGGAGGGCAGAGGAUGCAAACCAGCGUGCAGAUGAAAAGGCGGAGAUUGCACGAAGGAUCGCGGAGAUGGGAAGCGCAGCUGAUGCUGCUAAUAUCGCAGCUGCAGCAGGUGGUAAGAAGUCAGUUAUGGAUGAAAGAAUACGGAACGCUCUGACAGAAGCAACAAUGGCCAAGGCAGAGUCUGACGAGUGUAGGCGAAAGCUCCACGAGAUCGAACAGCUGAUGAGAGAAACAGAGGAGAGGGUGAAAGAGGGAGAAUCGCCUGCGCUCCGCGCGGCACGGCAGGAGGCAGAUUCCUUGAGAGCAAGAGUCCAAGAGCUGGAGGGCACAGUUGAAUGGGUUGAGCAGGCACGGGCAGCCGCGGCCGUGGAAAUGCUGGCUGCUGAGUCUAUCCGCUUACCUCAUCCUGAUGGCGAAGAUGACAGCGGGAAGCGAAUGGAGGCAUUGAGCCGUCAACAGUCUGAGAUGAAAGGGAAGUCGUUCCCAUUUGACGAGGGUGAAGUGCUGAACAGCUUGCCUGCUGGAUGGUGUGAGGAUGACCAUGGGGAUGGGAACAGGAACAAGGCCGACGAUGGUAAGGUGAACGGAGUGCAGACUCGUAUCACAUCAUCUCCUAAGACGCCCCACAAGUGGCAGACGAAUUGGCCGGGGUUGAUUGAGAGGUCACCGCUGUCGUCAUCGUCUUCGAAGUCAGUGAACUCCCCGGCAUCUCCUCCUGGUGGAGCCUUUUCCCCCUUGAGACGGCGGGCGCUGUUUCUCGGCAGCUUGGGACCAGAGGGCAACGCCAACUCCCCUGGCCAAGACGGCAGUCCAGAUCCAUCAGGCAAAGCUGGUAAAUUUCCCACAUCAGUGCAAGGAAGUCCGGGCGCCGGCAAGGGCGAGGCCGGCCAUAAGGCGUGGAUCGAGUAUCUUUUGGAAGGACAACAAGGGAGAGAGGACCAGAUGAACGCAAACCCUUCCCCGUCGUCCAGGGUCAAGACGAAAGUCAGCGCUCCAGAUCAGACUGAGCAUCUACAGCAGGCUGUGGUCGCUUCGUCACGGUGAUUUGGUCGGCCGCGUGAAUGUUCAGAGAGUUAUCCUUGAAACUGCAGGUGACAAUCUGCAGAAAGUUUUGGCGGGAGCAUGUGGAAGAGUGCGCACUCGUAGGCUGUUGGGACUUGUUUGGGACUGGGCAGUUUUCCCAUGGCCAGCAUGUUAUCUCUAAUCCCACACUCGCAUUUCUUCAUCGCCGACGCGGAUGCAACCAGGGCCAGUGUGUGUGUUUCGAACCUCGACACCACCAGAACAGGCACUGGUCUCGUUUGGCUGGCCAAAAUGUGGACUUAGUCUCCAAACUGGCGCACAGAUGUCUCCUCUCGCUUUACUUAUGCUCUGCUAUGCAAUGUUGCAUGAAACACAUUCUCUCACGACUACUUUUGCAGCUGGACUUGGUUCGCAUCAUCGUCUCCGUUGGCAAGUGUCAUCGUCACCAAGUGCUCAUCAUGACUUGGUUCUGGGUGUACGUGAAUCGGCCGACGGGAAGGAGCCUGAAUCGACGGACUAUCGUUAGUGAGCUGCACACUCAAUCCCGACCAGGACACGAAGUGGACAGUCAAACUCGCGAACCAGCAGAGUUCGAACUCAAGUCUGGCGGCACAGUCGCGGCAGUGCCCAGACUUAUUCGGUAGAAGGCACGCACAUAAAAGCAGUCUUUACUGCGGCGUCGCAACGUUCCUUGCGCCCGUGGACGGCUGCGGGGCUUCUCUAAGGCUGCACCGGGAUCUGUGUGGACCAGGCAGUCGCUGCUCAAUACGUAAUCGAACGAUUUUAUCCGAGGCGGAAGUGUCCGUCACCGAGCGUGAUCAUUUGUCUGCAUCUGAAAUAGUCGGUGCUUGGCGUAACGGUGGGGGGCUAUGUGAAGGCAGCAAGGUCCAUCAGCGUCCAGAGUGUCGUCAGCGUUGGCCGGGCUGAAGUUCUGCUCACAUACUGUGCUCUUCACGUGGAUCCUCAUCGACUUCGGCAUGCUGGAGUCUCAGACCGCACGACAUGGUCUUGGUUGGCAAUCAGCUGCCCUGUUGUUGUUGGUCGUGAGCGCAAUCUCUCUCCCUUCAUCCACGGGUGGAUUCAUGGGUCUGUGUGUCCAAGGAAGUCUCUCCUGUGGGUGGGUACAUGUUCAUUUUAUCCACGGCAGAAGCGCUUGUCAAUCGGACUCUAAACGGACGUCCAGACUCCCAGCUCGCUCUUUCGAGCGACAUUUCUUCGUACUAGAGGCUCGCUCGAGCAGAAAGGUCUGGCCGGAGUCGUUGGAGACACUCGAAGAGACUCGCCAGAGUCACGACUCCGUGAUAUCGGGCGACUUCCCAAUCAGAGUAAUCCAUCAUGAAGUUAUUCAUUACUAAAGUUGGAAAGCCAUGUGAUGUACGGCAUCUUGGGCAUUUGUGAAGGCCACUGGAUGACAUCCAGAGUCCCCUCAGCGAUACCCAGGCUCAGCUUUUCGUCACCCAAGUGCGCACAUGACUGCCACUGUGUUCUUCGCUUGGGUAUUCGUCGAAAUUUGCACACUGGAGUCUGCGACGGCACGACAUUGUCUUGCUUGCCCAUCGGCUGCCCUGCUGUUGUUGGUGUGCGACUUCGCAGGUACCGGCCUGAAUAUGUAUAGUCAUCGCUGCGAUGUGCGAUCAGCUUUCGAAAAAAGAUAUGUCUCUUAUCAGCUUUCGAA